AUGGACGACUCGGGGGAACUGUUUGGUGCGAACGAAACCCUCACCAUCAACGAAGAUACCAUCUGGUCCGGUCCUAUCCAAGACCGAACUCCUCCCAACGCCUUGGCGACCCUACCUGUGGCUCGUAAGCUGUUUCUCUCUGGCAAAAUUACCGAAGGCGGCCAGCUUGUGUUGAGGAAGAUGACCCCGGCCGAGAAAUCCGAACGUCAGUUUGGAUAUUUCGGCAAUUUGGAUCUUGACUUCGGGCACAGCGGUAACUUGGAGAACUACGUGAGGUGGCUUGACACAAAGCUGGGUAACUCGGGCUCCUCGUACGCUUUCGACGGAGUUAACUUCACGCGGGAAUUCAUCGCGAGCUAUCCAGCUGGGGUGCUCGCCGCUCGUUUCACUUCCAGUGAGGAAGGUGCUCUCAACCUCAAGGCUAGCUUCAGUCGACUGGCAAACAUUUUGGUCAAUGUUGCAUCCACUGCAGGCGGCGUCAACUCAGUGAUCUUAAUGGGCUCUAGCGGACAGCCUCUUGAUGAAAACCCAAUUUUGUUUACUGGUCAGGCUCGUUUCGUGGCACCGGGAGCGAAGUUCGAAAACGAUGGUUCCGUUCUCAGGAUCACGGGAGCUACGGCCAUUGACCUGUUCUUCGACGCAGAGACUAAUUACCGCUUCGCGUCUCAGGACAAAUGGGAGGCUGAGAUUGAUCGCAAACUUAGGGAUGAAGCCCUCAAAGACCCCAGCAGCCUUCUUGGACGGGCCUCGAUUGAUCUUGGCAAAUCACCGCGAGGACUUUCUGCGUUACCCACGGAUGAGAGAGUGGCCAUAGCCCGGAACGAUUCAAGUGAUGUUGAGCUGUCGACUCUCACUUGGAAUCUCGGCCGCCACAUGCUCGUUGGAGCCUCACGAAACACCGAAGCCGACAUAGAUAUGCCCGCGAAUCUCCAGGGCAUCUGGAACAACAAAACCACGGCUGCUUGGGGCGGAAAGUAUACUAUCAAUAUCAACACCGAGAUGAAUUACUGGUCUGCCGGUCCAACGAAUCUGAUCGAGACACAAGAACCUUUGUUUGACUUGAUGAAAGUGGCCAACCCAAGAGGCAAAGCCAUGGCGAAGGCCAUGUAUGGCUGUGACGGCACAAUGUUUCACCACAAUCUGGACGUUUGGGGCGACCCGGGUGCAACUGACAACUACACAUCUUCUACCAUGUGGCCCAUGGGCGCCGCAUGGCUUGUACAGCAUAUGGUGGAUCAUUACCACUUCACGGGUGACAAGACAUUCUUAGCAGACGUUGCCUAUCCCUUCUUAAUCGACGUGGCUACGUUCUAUGAGUGUUAUGCCUUUGAACACGAGGGUUACCGUAUCACAGGUCCUUCGCUGUCACCAGAGAACAAUUUUGUCGUCCCGAGCAACUUCAGCGUGGCUGGUCGCUCGGAGCCAAUGGACAUCGACAUACCCAUGGACAAUCAGCUCAUGCACGACGUUUUUAGUGCAAUCAUCGAGGCGGCGAACAUCUUGUGA